CUCAGCUGGGAACGGUAUUAUUACCGAGUUUGCUGUUUCCAUCCGUCAAUCGUCCUGCUAGGCUGAACAGGUGCGGAGAGGAAGGGGGCAAUGGCAGUUUCAGCGAGUCCUGGUCCUCCAAUUAGGAAAAGCACACAUUACCACGUGAACAAAGCCGCUGUCUGAGUGAUAUGGGGACAGGCAGCUCGAGGUGCAGGGGAACGCACAUUUAACUGGAAGUAGGCUAAAGGUACCGGGCGGGGACUGAAACCAAGCUAUUACGGUAGAGAUUCCCCACACAUCCUGAGACUAUUCCUGUGAUCCUGGGCUGCAGAGGGACAGGAGGACAGAGUAGCACAAGCCCAUAGCUGCCCAGUUGACCUAAUCCAUGGGAAUGGAGAUUCUUUCCAGGGAAACCACAACCGCUCUCCUCAUGGUUGGAUUAAUGCAGAUGACCACCGGAAUUAACAAGUGAGACAGAGGAAGUCCGGUCUGUAGUCUGGGGGGCUCGGUCAGAGGGGAGCGUAUGAGGAGUCAGAGAGCAGAGGAUACCCCUGAUCUGUCCUGAUAUCACAGAGCCACACCGGCAACGCACCCAAAAACUCACCCGGCAACGCACCCGAAAACUCACCCGGGUCACAAAAGGAGACAAACAAGGAGCCCCCACUCCUCCUGUAGGCAUGAGGUCCUUCCGUUCGUUCGGUAAUGAUGACCGUCACGUCAUGGCCAAGCACUCCUCCGUCUACCCAUCAUCGUCUGAGCUGGAGGCGGUCCAGACCCUGGUGUCCACCGUGGAGGGUGCCCUCAAACACGUCUCUGAUUGGAUAGACCAGAGCAACGUUCAAUCGGUGCAGAGCAACAGCCAGACAGACGCAGCAGUCGGCCAGACAGACGGUCAGUCCGACGCAGCAGUCGGCCAGCCCAACCCCACAGACAGCCCGGUGCCAAAGGAUGGUAGCUGUGACCAUGACGAUGACCUUAACCCUAACGACGACGGCAGUCUUAGUCCCAAAGCCAGCCCAGAUGACUCCACAGACGGCGGUAGCAGUGAGCCCAGUGGAGGUGUUCUGUGUGGCGUGAUGAGGAUCGGCCUGGUGGCUAAAGGUCUGCUCAUCAAACAGGACAUGGACCUGGAGCUGGUGCUGAUGUGUAGAGAGAAACCAACAGAGACACUGCUGUGUGCUGUCUGUGAUAACCUGCCGCUGCAGAUACAGAAGCUAACAGAGGAGAAGUACGAGGUGCACCGAUGCGUGCCAGAGGCGGCCAUCUUGGUGUGUUGCACGACAGAGCCCAAACUCACCCUGAAGGUCACCCUCAGCUCUCCACAGAUGAGAGAAGACAGCAACACGGAUGAACAAGGUACCAGGGAUGAACAAGUGGAGGGUGUUGAGCUGACAGACCCGGCAGACAUGCUGGACAGGCACAGAUGCCUGGUGGCCCUGGCGGCUCUACGACAUGCCAAAUGGUUCCAGGCCAGAGUAAACGGCUUGAAGUCGUGUGUCAUCAUCCUCAGGAUCCUAAGAGACAUGAGCAAUAGACUGCCAGCCUGGGAGCCACUCAAAGGAUGGCCCCUGGAGCUGAUUUGUGAGAAAGCCAUAGCCACGUGUAACCGGCCGCUGGGUGCAGGGGAAGCCCUACGUAGAGUCAUGGAGUGUCUCGCCUCGGGAAUCCUGCUUCCAGGAGGACCAGGGUUACACGACCCAUGUGAGAAGAAGCUGACCAACACCCUGACGGCCAUGACAGACGAGGAGGCUGAGGCCAUCACCUACAAUGCACAGCACGCCCUGAGACUGAUGGCGUUUGGUCAGAUCUACAAGGUGCUGGAGAUGGACCCUCUCCCCUCUAGUAAACCCCAGAAGUACCCCUGGUCAGACAGGGAUGGCUCUGGGCUAAAGAGGCCUUAUGAGGACGGGCCCACGGACGACAAAGACCUCAUCAAGAAAAUGAAGAGGAACCUGAGGAAAGUCCUCGACAGCAAAGCAAUAGACACCAACCAACCAAUGAAUGCUCUGAUGCGUCUGAAUCAGAUACGUCCAGGUCUGCAGUACAAGCUGCUGUCCCAGUCCGGCCCGGUCCACGCUCCUGUCUUUACCAUGUCUGUAGACGUAGACAGCACUGUGCACGAAGCCUCAGGCUCCUCCAAGAAAACCGCCAAGCUGCAUGUUGCUGUGAAGGUCCUUCAGGCGAUGGGUUACCCUACAGGGUUUGAUACGGACCUGGACUGCAGUGCAGACGAGAAGUCAGACGGAGAGGGGAGGAGUGAAUCGUCCACACACAGCAAUAACACAACACACUCAGACAGCUCAAAUACACUGGAGGUCCGAACUCAGGGUCCUAUUCUGACGGCCAGCGGAAAGAACCCCGUCAUGGAGCUCAAUGAGAAACGCAGAGGUCUGAAGUACGAGCUCAUAUCAGAGAGCGGGGGCAGCCAUGACAAACGCUUCGCCAUGGAGGUGGAGGUGGAUGGUCAGAAGUUCCGGGGGGCGGGGCCUAAUAAGAAGGUAGCGAAGGCAUCCGCUGCCUUGGCUGCUCUGGAGAAACUGUUCUCUGGUCCCAACGCCACCGCUAUCAAGAAGAAGAAGAUCAUCCCUCAACACUCUACAAAAUGUUCCCUCGCUGCAGCAGUGGCAGCCUCAGCAGUAGCAGCCCAGGUGGCCAGAGGGAGAGGUAGAGCGGCAGCCCUGACCAGUGGAGCCUUCAUUACCACAGCCACUGCACCAGGAUACACACAGAUACCAGGCUUCGGGACCCCAUAUGGAUACAGUGCUGCAGCCGCCCCAGCCUAUGGUGGUCUUUUCAUUGACAAUCCCUUUUACCAGGCUCGGACCAUCGCACCAUUUAUUAUUCAGUUGGGUCCUCAAGAUCUCUUCUCUGACUUCUAGAACCAUCAGGUUGUGUUGCUUCUAAACUAUCUGACAACAGUGCUGUUCCAGGCUUGCCCUUUGACCCAGCAGGCUGUCUGUCUGUCUGUCUCCCACCAUCAUUUACAGAGCCAGCGAGUGGUCAAACUGAACUCCUCUCACUCUGUUCUGUCUCCUCACGACCCAAAUCAAUAGAAACAAACCUAAAAAAAGCAAUAUUUGAUUGGACUUUUUAAAAAUCUCAGCUGCGUCAAAACUAAAAGCUGAGGACCUUGAUCUUUGGGUCUUUUUCUUAUAUAGCAAUACGACACCUGAACUGUUUUGGCUUCAAGCUUACUUGAGAUGAUGUGAAUGUUCCAUUGAGUCUUACACAAGCACAGCGUUGCAAUAUAUCACUUCAAUUGUAUAUUCACUGAGUGUAUGUGUGCCUAUACCAUGGAAUAUAUGCAUUUAUAUGUCUGCUAUACGUUUCUAUAAAUAUGUAUUAUAUGUGUUGAUAUAAUUUAUGAUGUACAUAUGUAAAUAUAUGAUAUACUUAUUGUUGGUAUAAAUUAUUUUAGAAAGUGAUAUGUAAUCACAAUCCCACAAUAUAGAGACGUUCUUCUUCCAGGUUGAUGCACACUGAGAAAUGGACUUUACUCUAGUACUGGACAUGCAAUAUAAACCUGUUUCUUAAUUCACCUGUGCUUCUAGAAUAGUUUAGUGAUUUCUCCUUCCUUUCACCUGGAUGUCUUCUCGUCUGAGCCUUUCGCUAGCACGGCCUGGUCAGACGAGAGGCGCUCGCUCACUCAACCUUGUAAACCGACCGCCCUCUCUACCACACGUACACACGGCACAUACACACGCACUUCCUGUGUGACACUACAAACACACAACCUCCUGUUUACUUCCUGUCAGAAAGCACACUUUUCUCAGUGAAACAUUUCUCACAGCGCCACUGUCUCUCUGCUCACAGGGUAUCCUGUACCGCACCGUACACUUUGUCCUGUUAAUAAGCUGGGUGUGUUGGGCAGCGAGGGUAACACAGAAACCCCCUCCUAGACAGGACCAACCACGGUCCACUGUCUCUCUGCUCACAGGGUAUCCUGUACCGCACCGUACACUUUGUCCUGUUAAUAAGCUGGGUGUGUUGGGCAGCGAGGGUAACACAGAAACCCCCUCCUAGACAGGACCAACCACGGUCCACUGUCUCUCUGCUCACAGGGUAUCCUGUACCGCACCGUACACUUUGUCCUGUUAAUAAGCUGGGUGUGUUGGGCAGCGAGGGUAACACAGAAACCCCCUCCUAGACAGGACCAACCACGGUCCUCUGUCUCUCUCAUGCCUACAGCAUGAACGUGGGACCAAAAGCACAGUUAACAGUUUGUCUGCUUGUAAAGGUGAUGGGUGGCCCAGUUACUUUAAGUAAAGCAUGCUACUCAGACAAACCAACACACAGGGCUUAUUACUGUCAACUCAGUCGCAGACCAACCAGCCUUGUCACUAUGAAACAGUCCAACCACACAUUGAUUAAUGGCUAACAUCUAAUUAUAAUGUAUACUCUGACAUUAUGUACAUUAACUGUACAUUACUGUAUAAAGACAGUCAGGACCCAGUCAUUUCAUAACCCCCAGCUUUACAUGACCCCCUCUAGUUGAUAUAUUUAUAUACUAUAUACACUACCGGUCAAAAGUUUUAGAACACCUUCUCAUUCAAGGGUUUUUCUUUUUUUGUACUAUUUUCUACAUUGUAGACUAAUUGUGAAGACAUCAAAACUAUGAAAUAACACAUAUGGAAUCAUGUAGUAACCAAAAAAGUGUUAAACAACUAAAAAAAUAUUCAAAUAGCCACCCUUUGCCUUGAUGACAGCUUUGCACACUCUUGGAAUUCUCUCAACCAGCUUCACCUGGAAAGCUUUUCCAACAGUCUUGAAGGAGUUCUCACAUAUGCUGAGCACUUGCUGGCUGCCUUUCCUUCACUCUGCAGUCUGACUCAUCCCAAACCAUCUCAAUUAGGUUGAGAUCGGGUGAUUGUGGAGGCCAGGUCAUCUGAUGCAGCACUCCAUCACUCUCCUUCUUGGUCAAAUAUCCUUUACACAGCCUGGAGGUCUGUUGGGUCAUUGUCCUGUUGAAAAACAAAUGAUACUCCCACUAAGGCCAAACCAUAUGGGAUGGCAUAUCACUGCAGAAUGCUGUGGUAGCCAUGCUGGUUAAGUGUGCCUUGAAUUCUAAAUAAAUCACAGACAGUGUCACCAGCAAAGCACCCCCACACCAUAACACCUCCUCCUCCAUGCUUCACAGUGGGAAAUACACAUGUGGAGAUCAUCCAUUCACUCAUACCGCAUCUCACAAAGACACUGCGGUUGGAACCAAAAAACUCAAAUUUGGACUCUAUACCAAAUAACAAUUUUCCACCAGUCUAAUGUCCAUUUCUCGUGUUUCUUAGCUCAAGCAAGUCUCUUCUUCUUAUUGGUGCCUUUAGUAGUGGUUUCUUUGCAGCAAUUUGACCAUGAAGGCCUGCUUCACACAGUCUCCUCUGAACAGUUCAUGUUGAGAUUUGUCUGUUACUUGAACUCUGUGAAGAAUUUAUUUGGGCUGCAAUUUCUGAGGCUGGUAACUCUAAUGAACUUAUCCUCUGCAGCAGAGGUAACUCUGGCUCUUCCUUUCCUGUGGCGGUCCUCAUGAGAGACAGUUUCAUCAUAGCACUUGGUUUUUGCGACUGCACUUGAAGAAACUUUAAAAGUUUUUGAAAUUUUCUGUAUUGACUAACCUUCAUGUCUUAAAGUAAUGAUGCACUGUCAUUUCUCUUUGCUUAUUUGAGCUGUUCCUGCCAUAAUAUGGACCAUGUCUUUUACCAAAAAGGCCUCUCUUCUGUAUACCCCCCCUUAUCACAACACAACUGAUUGGCUCAAACGCAAAUUCAUUUUUAACAAGGCACACCUGUUAAUUGAAAUGCAUUCCAGAUAACUACCUCAUGAAGCUGGUUGAGAGAAUGCCAAGCUGUCAUCAAGGCAAAGAGUGGAAGUUGAAGAAUCUGAAAUAUAAAAUAUAUUUUGAUUUAACACUUUUUUGUUUACUACAUGUUAUUUCAUAGUUAUGAUGUCUUCACUAUUAUUCUACAAUGUAGAAAAUAGUACAAAUAAAGAAAACCCCUUGAAUGGGUAGGUGUUCUUAAACUUUGGAUCGGUUGUGUAGUAUACUACACUACAUUGAUAUGUUAUAUCUAACUGAUCAGGUGAAACCAUAGUAAACUGUAGUUGAUAUGAGUUUGUGUGGGGUUAUGUUAGUGUAUGGUGGUGAUGAUGGUGAACUACAGUGCCCAGCAAGAUUAUCAACUCAGCCUCAAGGCCAUAUUACCUGGUCUUGAAUAAGUGGACAUCCUACUGUAUAACAGGAUAAAUCACUACAUUCGUCCUAUAUCAAUAUGAAUUACAAACUAUAGAAUCAGAUAAGGUAUAUUGUUGUUUUUUAAAUCGUAUUUAUAUAAAAGCUGCUAACAUAAUGUUCAAUCAACCACAAAUCAACAUUUCGCUAGUACAUUCUGUAAUAUCACUUUGUUAUCCUUAAAGUUGCACUAUGCAGAAAUCGCUCCUCCAUUUCCUAGUUGCUAAAACUAAUAUUUUGCCUAAUUUAAUAGUUCACCUAAUUUCAGUUUAUGUGACAAAAUAAGAUGGUAUAGAGAAUCAUUGUACCAUCUGAACUGCUGUGAAAUCUAUUUUCCAAAUCAAUAUUGUUGUUUCAGCUGUUUGAAGCUGGUGUACAAAACCGAAAGUACAAUACACAAAAACAAAACUUAAGAACAUGAAGCAUAGAAAUAGCCCACAUAGAACAGAUCUACCGCUUCUUAGACUUGCUUUCAAGUAGAAUGGUAGAUCUAUGUCUCACAUUUCUAUGUGAAUUUGGUGGGGUUGCCCAAAAAUGUACAUACUGCCACUUUAAAGUAAAUGCACUAGGCUGAUACGAAUAUAUCCAUAACUAAAUGAUCUGAUAACUGGCUAUUGCCUAGACAAUACACAUCCCAAAGGGAAUGCAUGUUAUUGAAGCAUAGCUUUAUAGCAUUGGUUGGUGGGUCACAUCUUCACAAACAUAUGGUAUGUAUUUAUGUAUGGAGCUUCAGUUGCUAACAGCUUCUGAUGUUAGGUCCUCGCCACUCUUCUGGAUGUUCAACAUGACAGCCUUUAAAAAAUACAACUUCAGUCGGAAGGAAACGGAUCAACUAUUAGAUCAAAACCUUUGGUUCUUCUUAUGCAUCUUCAUGGCAGUUUGAUCUUCAGAGUUUGUCAUUUUAAAUGUUUUUUAUUUUCUUUUGUUUUUUUAAAUCAUGUGGGAAAAGUUAUUGAGCCUCAGUGUAAUUUUGAAGAUGAAUAAUUUAAAUCAAUCUUUUAGGGCAGAAAUCCUGUUAAGUCUGAAUGACAUCAUGGGUCAGUUAUUGUUGAGUUUGACGCAUCACAGUUAGACGCAUCACAGUUAGUCACAUCACAGUUAGACGCAUCACAGUUAGGCGCAUCACAGUUAGACACAUCACAGUUAGACGCAUCACAGUUAGACACAUCACAGUUAGUCACAUCACAGUUAGACGCAUCACAGUUAGACACAUCACAGUUAGUCACAUCACAGUUAGUCACAUCACAGUUAGACACAUCACAGUUAGACACAUCACAGUUAGUCACAUCACAGUUAGUCACAUCACAGUUAGACGCAUCACAGUUAGACACAUCACAGUUAGUCACAUCACAGUUAGACGCAUCACAGUUAGACGCAUCACAGUUAGACACAUCACAGUUAGUCGCAUCACAGUUAGACGCAUCACAGUUAGACACAUCACAGUUAGUCACAUCACAGUUAGUCACAUCACAGUUAGACGCAUCACAGUUAGUCACAUCACAGUUAGUCACAUCACAGUUAGUCACAUCACAGUUAGACACAUCACAGUUAGACGCAUCACAGUUAGUCGCAUCACAGUUAGUCACAUCACAGUUAGUCACAUCACAGUUAGACGCAUCACAGUUAGUCGCAUCACAGUUAGACGCAUCACAGUUAGACGCAUCACAGUUAGUCACAUCACAGUUAGUCACAUCACAGUUAGACGCAUCACAGUUAGUCACAUCACAGUUAGUCACAUCACAGUUAGUCACAUCACAGUUAGACGCAUCACAGUUAGACGCAUCACAGUUAGUCACAUCACAGUUAGACGCAUCACAGUUAGACGCAUCACAGUUAGACGCAUCACAGUUAGACACAUCACAGUUAGACACAUCACAGUUAGACGCAUCACAGUUUGACGCAUCACAGUUAGACGCAUCACAGUUAGUCACAUCACAGUUAGACGCAUCACAGUUAGACGCAUCACAGUUAGACACAUCACAGUUAGACACAUCACAGUUAGACGCAUCACAGUUAGACGCAUCACAGUUAGUCACAUCACAGUUAGACGCAGCAAGUAGAAGAUCAAACUGAACUAAACUAUAUCUACAUUUCAAUGUUCCGUCAUUUGGUAAUGAUCGGGGGUUGUCAAACACACAAGCCCCUUUCUGAUCCACACAAGCCCCUUUCUGAUCCACACAAGCCCCUUUCUGAUCCUGUGUUUGUGUACCAGUAAUUGAAAUUCAUCAGUCGUCAUCUAUUAGCUGGAAACAAAUCACUCCGCGUGAUUAAGUGAUAGCCAAUCACAAUUAUUCAUUAAAUGAUAGCCAAUCAUUCCUAUUGAUUAGGCCCCUGGUACCAGUGUCUCAUUGAGAAUGUGUAUAACCCUAACUCAUGCAGAGUAAAUCUCCAACCAAAGCCUCACAUGGAGAAAAACAACUGCAGGGAUAGUCCAUUGAGAACCAAUGGGAUAUUCCAAAUCAUGGUUCUGAGAGGGUUUAGUCCCAAGCUGGCGUACCAACCUGUUCAUCUCACAUUUCACUCCUUGUUUUCUAUGUCAUUACUAAACAAGUGGCAAUGACACAGAGUAAAAGGAGUGGAGGUUAGCUAAACAGACUGGUUCCCAUGCUAGUUAGUCCCAUGACUGCCUGAAAGCCAUAUGGCACAGCACUUGUGAUGGCUGGCUGGGCUAACUCGGACUGGCUCCUCUCGGGUUCGAUUGCUCACAGCAGAGCUGAGUCCUAUUUAGUGUUAUGUGGUUUUACCUCAAUAUUUAGUGGAGAUGUUUGUUUCGGACCUCUAGAAGUUAUGUUUGUCUUAGAAUUUUAAAAAAUCAGGCUUUACGGUCAGAAAGUCAUUGGGGGGGCGACCCCAUUAACACAACAUUCUGUUCUCUCUCUCUGAGGGCUGUGUGUUGUUGAGGCAUGCUCUGACCAGAUGGCCUUUGUGAAUAAUAGACUACUGGAUGUCAACUGAGUGUUGGUUGGCUUUAAAUGUCUCCCUCUGAUCAUCGGGGUCUUUUGACCCAUGCAUCUGCUCCCUAAGGGGGCCCACAAUACAAAGCAAUGUUUCUCAGUAGCCUACACUGGGUUCAAAACUAUUUUACAUCAUUUAACAUACUUCAACUGGGCUUGUGCUUGCCUGGUGCAAUGGAACCAGUGGAAUAGUCACAAAAGUGCAAACCCAGCCCAUCUGGCACUCCAGACAGGAUACAGUUAAAAGUAUUGAAAAAAUAUUUCAAAUAGUUUUUGUAGUACAUUGUAACCUGUAGUGUAGUGGAGAGAGCCAAGCCUCAGUUACUGCAUUUUCAAUGGGUAGAUUGUACUACUGCACACACAGCUCUAUAUUCUAGAAUAUAUAUUAUGAGAUCCACGUGAUGACAAGACCAGGCAGAAUAUAUAAAUGGCUUGAAAUACACUACAUGACCAAAAGUAUGUGGACAUCUGCUUGUCGAGUAUCUCGUUCCAAAAUCAUGGGCAUUAAUAUGGAGUUGGUCCCCCCUUUGCUGCUAUAACAGCCUCCACUCUUCUGGGAAGGCUUUCCACUAGAUGUUGGGGACCUGCUUACAUUAAGCCACAAGCGCAUUAGUGAGGUCGGGCACUGAUGUUGUGCGAUUAGUCCUGGCUCACAAUCGGUGUUCCAAUUAAUCCCAAAGGUGUUCGAUGGGGUUAAGGUCAGGACUCUGUGCAGGCUAGUCAAGUUCUUCCACACUGAUCUUGACAAACCAUUUCUGUAUGGACCUCGCUUUGUGCACUGGGGCACUGUCAUGCUGAAACAGGAAAGGGCCUUCCCCAAACUGUUGCCACAAAGUUGGAAGUACAGAACAUCUAGAACGUCAUUGUAGGCUUUAGCGUUACGAUUUCCCUUCGCUGGAACUAAGGGGCCUAGCCCGAACCAUGAGCAACAGCCCCAGACCAUUAGACCUCAUCCACCAAACUUUACAGUUGGCACUAUGCAUUGGGACAGGUAGUGUUCUCCUGGCAUCCGCCAAACCCAGAUUCGAAUGUUGGACUGCCAGAUGGUGAAGCAUGAUUCAUCACUCCAGGGAACACGCUUCCACUGCUCGGCCAUGGAAACCAAUUUAUGAAGCUCCUGAUGAACAGUUAUUGUGCUGAAGUUGAUUCCAGAGGCAGUUUGGAACUCGGUAGUAAGUGUUGCAACCGAGGACAGGUGAUUUUACCCGCUAUGUGCUUCAGCAUAGCCUCGGCAUUCUGUGAGCUUGUGUGGCCUACCACUUCGCAGCUGAGCUGUUGUUGCUCUUAGAUGUUUCCACUUCACAAUAACAGCACUUACAGUUGACCAUGGCAGCUCUAGCAGGGCAGACAUUUGACAAUGUGGCAUCCUAUGACGGUGCCAUGUUGAAAGUCACUGAGCUCCUCAGUAAGGCUAUUCUACUGCUAUUCUACUGCCAAUGUUUGUCUAUGGAGAUUGUAUGGCGGUGUGCUCGAUUUUAUGCAUCUGUCAGCAACUGGUGCGGCUGAAUUAGCGAAAUCCACUAAUUUUAAGGGUUGUCCACAUACUUUUGUAUAAAUAGUGUAUAUUGCAAUAAUGAGGAUAUCUUUGUUGGGAUAAUAAGGAAUAUCACAGCCAUGGUUAAUUGGCUUGUUGAUGAUGAACAAUGAUUAUGUUUGUUUGAAUGAUAUUGUUUGAUUUGUGUGACGGAUUACAAUCCGGGUUGUUAGAGCCCUGAAUGCUGAUUGGCUGAAAGCCGUGGUAUAUCAGACCGCAUACCACGGGUGGGUGUGACAAAAACAUUUUUUUACUGUUCUAAUUAUGUUGGUAACCAGUUUAUAAUAGCAAUAAGGCACCUCAGGGAUUUGUGGUAUAUGGCCAAUAUACCACGGCUAAGGGCUGUAUCCAGGCAUUCCACGUUGCGUUGUGCUGAAGAACAGCCCGUAGCCGUGGUAUAUUGGCCAUAUACCACAAACCCCUUAGGUGCCUUAUUGCUGAAAUAUAACCUUGUCCAUCCCGAUGUCCCCUAAACUGUCCCUAUGAUAGGUCCUCCUGCCUGACAUGGGAUACAACAAGCACAAAACCACAUUAGCAAUAUUCUACCACCACCUACUCAGGGCCCACCGGACACACACACACACGCACGCGCGCACACACACACACACACACACACACUGUAGCCGGAGUUAUUCCAGCCCACCUCACAAUCACCCACCCUUGUCAUCCUCCUCGUCACGCACAUCCUCAGUACUAUAACACACAGUGUAGACUCUCUCCUAUGGGGCUCUACUACUCCAGCUCAACGAUUGUAUUUAGGGUAAGCCACAGGCUGUUACUGAAGAUAUACUGCGGGAAUGGAGCCAUUUGUUCCAGAGGAAUGACUUCCACCCCCCAUAAACCUUGUCUAAAUGUACCUUGGUGCUUUACUACAAUGGGCUGUAGCUGUGUAUAGACUUCUUGUAAAGUGGUUUACUUAUGUUUUGUUUAUAUGUGGAAAACCUCCUGCAGCUAUCAUGAUUCACUGAGAGAGAGGGGGACUUGUGUGUGGGACUAGGACAAAGUAGAAUGCCGGGAAUUCAAUUUUGUGAUCCAGCCUGCAGCAGUUCUGAAAUAUGAGUCAGAUCUGGUUUUGGCCUAUGAGAGCGAGGCUUCGCAAAAUGAAAAUGCUGAACUGAACGUUUUCUUCAUGUCCGUUCGUGCUCUAAAUAGCCGCAGCACAUAGUUCAGGGUUAAAGUCUCUCACAAGUAGAAAACCCAUCCCAUGUGCAAUAUUACAAUAUCCUGGCUGUCGAUCGAAACGCUUUGGUUUGGAAUGUACACUGUUGUUGUAGAGUAGAAUGUAUAGCCAUAGCAGAGCUACAGUAAUUGCAUUUUUGUAAAGACAUAUAUAUAUAUAUACACACACACCUUUUUUAAACUACUUGUGUAAGUCAUUUGGGCACUUCCUGCCUGGUUUGUGUUUACAUUUCUAAUUAUUAUUCUCUUAUUUAUUUACAAUGUUUUUUGAGCGUGGCGUCUUCUGAGCGAUGGACUCGUCCCUCCAUCUUUCAGAUUUUUUUGCCACAAAAGUAACUCCAUAGAAAUCAGCCCGACUUGUCAGAGUUGUGCAUUUCAUACUUUUUAUUAUAAUCAUGUGGCAUAAAAUAAUAAAGUAUAUAAAUUUGAACUAUAAAGUUAUAAUCAACAAGGUAAUCCAAUGUGAAGUGGUGAUUGUGCACAAACCUCUGUGAGCGAGCUGUGCUUAAAUAUAGAAGCUAUUCAUUCGAAAUGACGGCAGUAGAUGUUUGCUAGCUGUGGUAUUAAAUUAUUAGUAGUCACCAUGGUGAUAUGUUUGUCACUGUUUGCCAUCAUUUAUGCUUGAAAAAAUAAAAAUAGCUUAAUAUUA